CACCCAACACACUAAACUACGUCUGCCAAUGUUGAUCGAAGAAACUUUUCACGACGUCAAAACAUCGUACGGCACAACCAUGCGGUUGUUUGUGUACCAUCCCAAGAUUAUCAACUACCCCCGGGCCAAAUUCCCCGGUGUCUUGGUGUGGAGUGAGAUCUACCAGGUCACCGGUCCCGUGUCCAGAUUCGCCAAAGAUAUCGCUGGACAGGGAUUCAUCGUGGUUUGCCCAUCCAUAUACCACAACUUUACAAACCACCAACCAUUGGAAUAUGACGUCGAAGGUACAGACAAAGGUAACGAGUACAAGAUCAAAAAACCGUUGAAGUCGUAUGAUGAAGAUAGCUCAUUGGCCAUUGACUAUUUGUUAUCGUUGCCAACUUGCAAUGGCAAGGUGGGAGCCACCGGCAUGUGCCUCGGAGGCCAUUUGGCGUACCGUUCCGCUUUGGACCCCAGAGUCAGUGCUACCGUGUGCUUUUUUGCUACAGACAUCCACAACCAUGCGUUGGGAGAAGGCCAACAGGACGACUCGUUACAACGAUGCGGAGACAUCACGGGAGAAAUCAUCAUGAUUUUCGGGUGCAAAGAUAACCACGUCCCGUUGGCAGGUAGAGAUUUGAUCAGAAGCGAGAUGAGAAAGAAAAACGUGGAGAUGACCUUUAUCGAGAUAAACGAUGCCCAACACGCCUUUGUCAGAGACGAGUUGAGUAAGGGAAGAUAUGAUCCUGCUACCACAAAGAACUGUAACGAGUGGUUGUUUGAGUUGUUUAACAGAAAGCUCAAGCUCGAGUAUGGAGAGCACGAUGGAGUGGCGGAGAAAAUCGAUAAUGUGUGCUGAGAGGCCAUCCGAACAAGUAUGGAUGGAGUACCCAGCAAGAACAUACCUUAAACCCCGACUAAUAUAGUACCAGUAGUAAAUGGAUGCAAAACGAGUGUCGCGCAC